CUCUGCUCUUGUACCGGUCAGUCAGCUCGGCCCCUGCGCUGAUAUUACAGAAAAAUCACAUGUAUAACUGCUAUACAGUAAUCCCCCGACAUACGAUCAUUUCAACAUACGAUGCUUUUGUACAUCGGGGCCAUCGCAUAAACGGCUAUCCGGCAGCGCAGAUAGCCGCCUUCCUGUCAUCCAAUAGGAGCGGCGUGCGAGGACCCCCCAGGGACGUGAUGACAGUGACGCAGUGAUCCAGGGCAGCGGUGAUGGUCCGGAGCGGCGGGGACACCCACCUGCUACUGACCCCGUCCGCGCAGCCCCCAGCCCCCUGUGAUCUGAAUAUGGACCCUGCCGCUUUAUUAACUAUGCACCGUGCCAAGGCAGAGAUGAACUUAAACCGAACCGAGGAGGGGACAGCUCCGGUCACCCAUGCCCCUUCCCCCCGGAACUUCACCAAGACCCUGGCAUCGCCGCCGAGUCCCAUCGUGACCCCUAAGAGGCCGAAACUGACGAGUGACCGAGAGCAGUCCAAGCCUUGCCCUCCGCAGUUUGUCCGCAGGCUCAAGAACGCUGCCAUAGGGCCGGGCUGUGACAUCAGCCUGAAGGUGGCGGUGUCGGGGAACCCCGUGCCAAGUCUGAGCUGGUACAAAAAUAAGGACUCCCUGGAACCCGGAGCAGAGGAAUACGGGACAUUGCGUAUUAUGGACAGCAAGAUAGAAGACGCCGGGGUGUACACCUGCGUGGCUCAAAAUCCUAUGGGGGAGGCCAUCACGAGCGCCGUUCUCGCCAUCAUUGAUUUAGAAGACUCAGAGCCCGGGGAGGAGGACACUGGAGGACCCCAGCUACAGCGCACAAUCCGAGCGCCAAACAACACCCCUCUGGGGACCCCUUCAGGGGACUCCGACACCUUGCUGGCCAGCUCGCUCCACACCACUCCCAGUACGCUGACUGGACUCUCACAGACGGAUGAGUUCUCGGACUGGUCCGGCAGCCAACAGACCGUAGUAGAGAGAGACUCCAAGAACGCAAGGCAAGGAUUCACUCAGGGGGUAGGGGCCCGACACCUGGGAGUGGAGCCCCUCAUCCCAGCAUCCAGCAACAACCUACCGGGCAGUGUCUGGGGGUCAGAGGUCAGCCUGUCAGGGUUCAGCGACCUGUAUAGCAGCGCCUUCAGCCUCUACCGGGGCAGAUCAUGUGCCAUUCGGGUCUUUUUGCCAGAAGGUGGACUUCGGAGAGGCAGCAUCAAUGGUGCCAUCCCAGAUUCCCCUCGUCCUCUUCAGAAUCCAAGACCUCCUGUACUACCUCCCCCUUCUCCCCGCCUUGGGCAACGGUCUGCUGCCAAUCCUAUGCCUAGCGGUCGUGGCCCAUCAACACCUCUUACCCCCCGAAAGAAAACCCUUAUGCCUUCCCAAUACCAGGACACGGUAAUCGAAGAGUUUGAGGAGAAAGUUAAGAGGCCAAAGUCCUCAGCUGGCUCUCAGGUCAGUGGCCAGGAUUCUCGCCCUGUGACACCUUUAAGUGAAUCAUCAGGGCGAGUGUCCAUCUUGCGAGCAUCUCCAAAGUUGAUCCGUUCAGGCUCCAAGAUUUUUGAAAAACUGCGUUGUCUUGAGGAAAGAAGAAAAAGCCUGGAUCAGAGCGACAGCCCUUUUCUUGUACAGUCCUGGCUACCACUCCGUAAGGCCAGGUCCUUUGACCAGCCUGGGGCGGAUGGACUGGGUAGCGGGUUGGAGUCCUCAACCGAGGAGCUUAGAGAUGACCUUAGAGAUGGCGUGAGAUCUGAAAUAGGAGGAUAUACCUUGAGGUGUCCUUCACUGAGGUACAAAACAGCUUCUUUGGAUGACAGAGGGGCAUUCUCAGACCGGGUGAGUGACAUUGAGGCACGAUUUUCCCAAGAGCUUUCCCGCAUUAAAAGAACUGUUUCCCAGCAACAACUUAUCCGUUCAUCUCAAGAUCUAACCCGAAGAUCACCUUCUCCUCAAAGAACCCCAAGUAACCAACCUGCCCCUUUGGAUCUAGUCUCAACACAAGUGCUUAAAGACUCCAAGGCACCAGAAAUUCAGGAAAAAAGGCCAGCAAAUGUGGCCACCACCCGAAAACCCCUAGUUAGGAGCUCUGCCACCGCCAACCAAAUAUCCCAUGAUAAGGAGCCUCAUAUUGGAGCCAAAGGACAAUCUGCUCUAGUACCAGAGAAAUCAUCAAAUGGUUCAGUCAUCCACCAUCUCGUAGUCAAGCAAUCGGAUAUAUGCUUAUCAUCCCACCCGCCUCCUAAAACCAACGUCAGUUCUCUGAAACCCAUCAUCCCCAAAAUAGUAACCCCUAAACAGGAGGUCACAGACUCUCACAUAAGGAGGGUCCCUGACUACGGAACGGAGCCACCACCAACCAGCACACAAGCCCCACCAGCACUGGAAAUAGCACAGAGAGGGAUUGGGCGGGAAAAGGGGUCUAUGGGUGGAGAAACCAGAGGAGAGCCAAGAUACCUCCCAUGGGCCACACCAGCAGGUCCCACCCACAGAAGUCAAGGGCCACCAGGGAAGGGUGGGGGGCAAGUCAAAAAGCACAGUGAAACACAUACCAGUGGCAAAACCAACAAAACCACCAAAAGCAAAGGAAAGAGUCGGAGGCACAGAGUCAUGUCACCGGAACUAGAAUCUUCCGAUGAUUCGUAUGUAUCUGCGGAUGAGGAUCCGCGGGAAGCUCCUGUGUUCGAAAUCCCUCUGCAAAGUGCCCUGGUGAAUGCUGGCUCAGAAGUUUUGUUAAAAUGUAUUAUUACAGCGAAACCAAGUCCAGAAGUUAUAUGGAGGAAGGAUCGCAUCGCUCUAAAGAACAGUCCCACCCAUCAGAUCCGGGCCGAGGGCGAGAGGCACACCCUUCUGAUACGCUGGGCGCUGCCAUCUGAUUCUGGCAUUUAUACAAUAACAGCAAAGAAUGAAGUGGGUGAAGCCAGCAGCUGCGGAGCCCUGACGGUCAAACCAGCACCGGCCACAGAGUCUCCCGCUCAUCGUGGGACACCUCGAGAUGUUCUGAGCCCCAUUACAUCUGAUGAUGAGUAUCUGAGUCCUCAGGAAGAUUUAAGUGAGCCCGCGACCCCAAAGCACGGCAUGGCGGGCAAGAGCGCCGUCCAACACAGCGUGACCUUCAAAGCCCCUCCAUCAUUCAAGGUGGCUCUGGCAGACCAGAUGGUGUUUGAGGGCCAGGAGAUCGUUCUGCGAGUCCAAGUGCAGGGAGAGCCCAAGCCAAUGAUCAGCUGGCUGAAGAACAAACAGCAGGUGAAACCCGGCGGGAAGUAUCACAUGACGGAGGAGGAGGGCGGCUUCUCUUUACUUCAUAUUUCAGGGUCCGAGAAAAGAGAUUCCGGAUUCUAUAUCUGCAAAGCAAUAAACGAAUAUGGAACAAAGCAAUGUGAGGCCAAGGUAGAAGUAAGAGCUUCUUCUGGCAGCGCCACGUUGGGGGUGGUGACCCCCCUGCAGGAUGUGAGUGUGAGCGCUGGGGAGGCGGCUGUGUUUGAGUGUGUGGUGUCGGGACCCCAGGACAUGGACGUGGACUGGAUGUUUCGGGGGAAGCUGCUGCAGCCAGCUCUGCUGGAUUGUAAGAUGCGAUUCAACGGCAAACAGUGUCUGCUGCUCCUCAACUCCGUGCACGAAGACGACAGCGGCAUCUACACCUGCAAGCUGAGCACUGCCAGAGAUGAGCUGACGUGCAGUGCGGUGCUGACCGUGCACCCCUCGCUGGCUCCCCUCUUUACCAGGAAGAUGUCGGAUCUGGAGACGAUCGAGGGACGCACAGCUCGGCUGGAUUGUAAGAUCAGCGGCACGCCGCCGCCUGUGGUCACAUGGAUGCGUGAUGGUCAUCCGGUGGAAGAAAGCGACACCGUGCAUAUCCUGAAAGAGCGAGGGUACCACACUCUGCUGAUCACCCAGGUGUCCAGUGAGGAUGAGGGGCAAUAUACGGUCACUGCCCGCAACCAACACGGGGAAGCUGAAUGCUCCGCAGAGCUCUACGUGGAGGAGCCCCGACUUGGCGCCUCAUCUCACAUAUCCAGGCUUGAAAAGAUGCCGUCCAUUCCGGAAGAACCGGAAGUGCAAGAGAGCGAGGUGGAGGGGGUGCUGAUGCCGGAUUUCCUGCGUCCCCUACAAGACUUAGAUGUGGUGGAGUCUCGUGAAGUACAACUGGAGUGUCAGGUCACCGGCUUACCAUACCCCACCAUCACCUGGUAUCACAAUGGGCAGAAGAUCCAGAGCACAGACGACCGCAGGAUGACCCAAUAUAAGGACAUUCAUCGCCUGGUCUUCGCAUCGGUCAGCCAUUCACAUGCCGGCGUCUACAAGAGUGUAAUUUCCAACAAGGUGGGCAAAGCUGCGUGCUAUGCCCACUUAUAUGUCACAGAUGUGGUGCCCAACCCUCCUGACGGUCCCCCUAUAAUCACAUCUGUAACUGGAAAAGUAGUAAAGCUCAGAUGGAACCCCCCGAAAAGACUGGAUCCUGCCAUAGAUCUGGCUCAGCUCACAUACUCGGUGCAGCAGCAGGCAGUGGGCUCUGUCCAGUGGUCGGUCAUUGCCUGUAACCUGAAGGAGACCAGCUAUAUUGUCAAGUCGCUGACUAAAUCUUACCAAUACCAAUUCCGCGUGGUCACAUACUCUGCAAUCUCCCACAGUAAACCAUCGCCGCCCAGUGACGUUGUCAAACUUCUAGACCGCGGUGCCUACCUGCAGGAGGCGCCAGUCAUCACAGAUCGCCCUGAGCUCCUGUACAUGGUGGAAAAUCAAUUACUGUGCGCCACUGUGACGCUGAACCACGUCGAUGCCGUAGUCACCUGGAGGAGAGCAGGCACAAUUUUGCGCAGCGUGGAUGGCGUGUGUGAGAUGAGUAUGCCAGACGACGACCAGCACUCUCUCACCUUCUUCAGCCCCAAGAAGUCGGACGUCGGACAGUUGGUCUUCGAAGCCAGAAACAAGUAUGGAGCCGAUAAAUGCACCAUCAGCAUAGAGAUGGCAGAGUCUCCUCGCUUUGAGUCCAUCAUGGAAGACAUAGAAAUCAAGGCUGGAGAAACUGCUCGCUUUGUUGUUGUUGUGGAAGGAAAACCAGUGCCGGAUAUAAUGUGGUACAAGGAUGGAGAGCUCUUGGUGGAGAGCGGACACUUUAAUUUUGUGUAUGACGAUGCGGAGUGCUCCCUGGUCAUCCUGAAUGCUGCACCUGAAGACUCGGGGGUGUACACCUGCACGGCCCGCAACGUGGCAGGAGAGGUGUCAUGUAAGGCCGAGCUGCAGGUGUGCAAAGUGGAACCAGAAUCAGCGCUCAAUGAAUCUGACGGACUUAAAUCUCGCCGACUUUCUGAUUAUUACACCAUUCACAAGGAAAUCGGAAGAGGCGCCUUCUCCUAUGUACGACACGUGGUGGAGAAAGACAGUGGACAGGAUUUUGCGGCAAAGUUCAUUACAUCUAAAGGGGUGUCCCGAGAGAGCGCGCGGAGGGAGAUGAGCAUCCUGUCCCUGCUCAGUCACGAGCGGAUCAUCUACUUCCAUGAGGUGUUUGAGAAGAGGAGCGCGCUGAUCAUCAUCAUGGAGCUCUGUUCCAAAGAGGAGCUUCUAGACAGAAUGGUCCGUAAACCUACAGUCUGUGAAUCAGAGAUUCGAUCCUUCGUACGUCAGAUCCUGGAAGGUUUAGAUUAUUUGCACCAUAAGAACAUUCUACAUCUGGAUAUUAAGCCGGAGAAUAUUUUAAUGGCUGACAUGAUCAGUGAUCAGAUUCGGAUAUGUGACUUCGGGAAUGCUCAGGAGCUGAAUGUUGAAGAACCACAGUACUGCAAAUAUGGGACCCCAGAAUUUGUGGCACCAGAAAUUGUAAACCAGAUGCCAGUCUCUCCAGUCACUGAUAUAUGGCCAGUUGGAGUCUUGGCAUAUUUAUGUCUGACUGGGGUGUCUCCCUUUGUGGGGGAAAAUGACUACACCACGCUGAUGAACAUCCGAGGCUACACGGUGGCGUUCGAGGAGAAGAUGUUCGCCGAUCUCACUCGCGAGGCAAGAGGAUUCUUAAUUAAGGUCCUCGGCAAUGAGAAACUGAGACCCAAUGCUGAGGAGAGUCUGGAGCAUCCCUGGUUCAAGACUUUGUCGAAAGGAAAAAAUAUCAGCACAGACCAUAUAAAAUUGUUCCAGUCUCGACGCAAGUGGCAGCGAUCCUUGAUCAGCUUCAAAUCCAACAUGGUGAUGAGAUCUAUUCCGGAGCUCCUCCAAGACACAAGCAACCACUUGUCUAUUGCAGUCCCCAGACAUCCUAAGGAGUCCACCAGCCUAUCAUCUUCUUCGGACUCUGAUGACCUUGAAGAGCUUCCAUAUGUCCCUAUGCCGCUUCAAGUACAGUUCUCCGGUUCUAGAAUGUCCCUCAAUGAAAUCCCAACAGAUGAGGACCAGCCUUCCCAAUACCUUGAAGAUGCUAGCAUGACAGGGAGUCAGGAAAAAGAGGAGGACGUAGUUGACAGUAAAAUUACAGAACCAGAAGUGCAACGUAGAGAGGCGGCAGAGUCAUUGAGCAACCGUCCCAAGGGGUCACUUACAAGAAAGAAGUCAAAUGAAGCUGAAGCUGGCUCCUCCUCAGAAGAUGAGAUGUCAGAAUCCCUCAAAAAGAAGGAGCAACCAAGGAAGCCUCUUAAAAAAGGAUCAAGUCUGGAAUCUUCAGAAGUCCCUGAUGAGGAACUAAUGACAGCUCGAAGAGGAGAAUUGAGAAGGGGAAGUUCUGCAGACAGCGCACUCUUGCUCAAUGUAUCUACCGAAGAUGGAGAAGAAAGAGAUAGAUUUGACAAAGGCAUGACCAAAGCAGCUUCCAUGGAGCUACCAACGCGAAACCGCAGCCCAAUGAGGCGGAGAAAGCUAGGGUCUGCGGACGAGGAGUAUGCCCAGCGUUUGGAAUUAAUGCGGCAGAGGCUAUUGAGGGGCAGUUCUGGAGACAACAAGCUGAGUGGUCUUAGAGGGCCACUGAUGGAACGAGCCGAUCAGAAAUCCCCGCGCUCCCCACGUUCUGAGAUCACACCACCUUCUCCCAUCCCUGCGAUAAAACUGACACGCGCUGCUUCCAGUGAGGCCGCCCCUGGCCGAGAGUCAUCUGAAGAAAGGGUCUUAAGAAAAACCAGCUCUUUUUCGCACAGUGACACUGAACCCCUUGUUCUACAUCGUAGGUCUGGGGCACCCCUGGAAAUUCCUCUUGCUCAAGUGGAGGCACAACGGCUUAAAGAGUCUCCAUCUCUGUCUGCUCUGACUGACCAGUCGCGGUUUGAGUCCCGUCCUCAGACACCUCGUGAGAAGUCUCUGACUCCUGAUCCAACAAGAAAUGAUGUGGAAACUCAGAAUGAUAAAGUUGAUGAGAAGGACAAGUCACAGACAUUAAAACCUAAGUCUGAGAAACAGGAGAACCUGGAAAUUAUACUUCCAAAAGUGACUGCUUUGGUAGAGGAGACAAUACCCCAAAAAGGAACACCAGGUAUCCAGUCAGGAUUGCCACAAACAAAGUCACCGCAAAGUUAUCAUACGGAAAGCAACAAAAAGGAUGGUCAUGCUCAACGGUCAACACCACAACCUUUGCCGGCUGAAGAAUCCACAUCAAAACCAUUGGAAGAUUCUUUGCCAACUCCUGCUCCAACACAAGAUUCGUCAUCUUCAAACACCAUGAAAGCCAAAGUUUCCACGCCAGUGGUUUCAUCUGUUGCUUCUACCCUGCAGAAUGAGACCUCACCUACUGUCCAGUCACCAUUACCAAACCAAUCUACUGUAAAAUCUCUCAUGUCAAGAUCAGCUGUUGUCUUAUCACCAUCUCCAAGUCCAACUAUUGUACCAUCUCCUUUACCAAGUUUAGGUGUAAGGCCAGAUUCUCCGUCGAGACUAGCAUCUGCCCCAUCAACUUUGCCAAGACCAGCAAGUGUCCCAUCUCCUUUGCCUAGUUUGAGUACUGGUCAAUCUCCUUCACCAAGUAAGGCAUCAACUUUGCCAAGAUCCCAAGGCUCUCCAACUCUCUUACCAAAUGUAGGUGUUGCCAAGUCUUCUUCACCAAGCCCAGCAGUAUCCACAUCAACUUUGCUAGGGCCAUCUGCAGUGCCAACCUAUAUAAAAAAAUCGGUAUCGGUGCCUUCAUCAUUGUCAAUGCAAAAGAAAGAGCCCCCACAACUGGACAUAAAAACGCCAGAUCCUCAGCUUCCAGCAGCUAUCGAAUCUGCUUCCAAACCCCAAUCUGCAAAUACAUUGACCCCAAAACCCUCACCAUAUGCAGAAAUGAUGCAAACUCUCCUGGUAGACACUUCGGUGGAAGUGCCCCAAGUACAAAAAACACAGGGUGAAAGAUCACUACAUGUUUCACCUGCCCCAUCCAUUCAGCAUGGCAGACCAACAGAGAACAAACCUUCAGAGGAAAAACCUAACCUGUCUAUUACCACUAAUGUGGCUUCAAAAGUAACUAAAGAAGAUGGAGCACAGCCCCCAGCAUUUUCAAAGGUUAAAGAACCAUCUAUAGCUUCAAGCACAGAGAACGUCCAGUAUAUCAGCAACAUAGAUUCCGAAGAAGUGUUUGAAGCUAAGUUUAAGAAAAAUCGCGGAUCUUCUCUAACAAAAGGUCUGAAAAUGUUAACCAGGACUUGGUCAGAGGAGAAGAAUUUAUCAACCUCACAUGCAUCUCGAGAGGAGGAAAUGUACCGACCUAGUCCUGUCGGUGUCCCGCUUGAGUUCAUGGUCCCUGCGGCUUUAGGAUUGGACGAUAGGUCAAGAUCUAUGCAGGACCUGUCAAGUGCAGAAAAGGAUCCGAGCUUCAUGAGAAGACUAUCCCAACGCUUUAGGAAAACACCGCCAACUGAGCGUAAGGAAAAGCCACCAGAAGAUGUUGAAGGAUCUAGUUCAAUCGGAAGGCGCCUUUCUUGGACUUUAGGAAGAGGGAGCUCCAAAGAAAGAAAAGAUAGUGAAAGCCUCAAAGGAUCCAUUGAAACAAUCUCAGAAGGAGUCUCCAGAGAACAGAAGAAGUCCAGUGAUUCUCCAGUGUUAGCUAUGAGGAAGAAGAUUGGAAGUACCAUGGACCGUCUGUCCUCAAAACUAAGAAGCCAGUCAGAGGAAAGGGGAGAAACAGAGUCUGCUGACAGAAAAGAAGACAGACCGGAGCGAAGAACCCCGCUAUUGUCACUGCUCCGGAGAUCCAACUCAGAAGGGGAGAACUUACGAAAAUUAGAAAUACCCCAGAACCAGCUUGCAGCUCAGUCUGGUUCAUCACGAUCUAAAGAGUCCGUCAACUCAGGACUAAGCAUCAAAUCAGAAAUGGUGGAAAAAGAUGAAAGGAGAUCCCGAUGGGACCGCUGGGGGCUCUCACGUAGUAAGAAGGACAAGAUGAUUUCCCAACCAAGUAUUCCAGACAGCUUGAAGAGUGAAGACGGGAGCAUAGUAGGAAGACAGUACAUACGCAAUGAAUCAGAUUUCCCGCCGGUCUUCCACAUAAAGCUGAAGGAUACGGUGAUCCUAGAGGGCGACUCUGUGUCCCUGUACUGUCUCCCUGCCGGCAGCCCCGCACCCCGAAUUCUAUGGAAGAAGGACAAGAUGGUCAUAGGAUCUGGAGGACAAGUCAAUGUAAAAUCCAAUCCAGAUGGACGCCAGGUUCUUACCAUCACCAGGGCCGGACAGAGAGAAGCCGGGCUCUAUGAGUGUGUGGCAGCCAAUGCCCUGGGCAAUGCUACCAGCUCCUGCUCCUUAGCAGUGGCACGAAUUCCUGAGGCUCCUGGUAUCCCGGAGAUCCCACAGAAGUACAGGGACACAGUGCUGGUUCUGUGGAAGUCCUUGGAGCACAGCUGUCCCUGCACCUACAUCCUGGAGAGCCAAAUGAAUGGACAAGGGGACUGGAAGGUGAUCAGCUCGAACAUCAAAGACUGUUACUUCAAUGUCACAGAGCUGCCGCCCGGCUCAGUCAGGUUCCGUGUGGCUUGUGUGAACAAAGCAGGACAAGGGCCCUACAGCGAGAUAUCCAAGACUGUUGUCAUAGAUGGAGACGCUGGAAAACCUUCCCCUGCCUUGGCUCAUCCUGCCCAGAAGGCCAGAACAGUAGGACCCUCAGUAUCCACUUUUGGACCAGUUUCUCCCCGGGUCACUUCUGCACCAGUUGUCGCUUCUUCCAAGCUGCCUCCUUCAGUUGGGUCUCCUCUUGCUGUUACUUCACCUUCUACAAAUGCUUCAACACCUACGGUUCCAAUACAAGCAAUUCCCAAAGGAGCUCCGCCCCCACCAACUCCUCCAAGACGGCACAGAGGACUUCCAACGCCGCCCACAGUACAUAGGGCCUUACCUCAAUCUGCUGCUAAAGUAGAACCCCAAAACCAAAUUAGUUCCAGCAACAAACCACAACCCCCUGAACAUGCACCAAGCGUAGUGGUGACUUCCCAUGUGUCUACAGUCACAGUGUCAGUCACCACCGGACAAGCCGUGUCCCAUUUACGGGUUCCACCAGCACCUCCAGUCCAGCAGGUGAAACCUCCUCCAGAACCAGCUGCUAAAAUUGUCCCAGUUAAACCAAUGCAAGAGGUGAAGUCUCCAACAGAGCUCCAGAAAAGGCCCUCAGUAACCUAUGUGUCUCCAGUUAAGCCGUUCCCCAUCCCCCAAACAGUGAAAUCUCCAGUCCCUGAAAAAACAGCAUCUAGUCCAGUAUCCGCAGAGCCCAAGGUUCCACCACCGGUGGCUCCAAAACCAGCUGCUGCUACUCCUUCAGUUCCAAUCAUGCUGCACAUUCCCCCCUUUAAAUCCUCAACUCUACCCUCACCACUAAGUCCGACAUCCAACUUAAGACCUUCAUUCCCAUCUCCUCCGACCAGCCCAGUCUAUAAGCCAUCAACCCCAACCUCUCCAACGUACAUGGUCACCUCCUUCAUAUCAACGCCAUCACCAUCGUCACCAACCACUGAGGCACCCCCUCCCCAGCCUACUGCUCCAGUCGCACAGACAGUCCCUACUCGCGUCUUAGUGAAGAGCGUCACCCCUGGAGGAAGGGCUACUCCAUCAGGAAGAGAAAGCGCUCUCCGACAGGGAGUACCACAGAAGCCUUACACUUUUCUGGAUGAGAAGGCAAGGGGGCGUUUUGGGGUGAUCCGGGAAUGUAAGGAGAAUGCCACAGGAAAGCACUUCAUGGCGAAGAUUAUUCCCUACGAACAGCAGAAUAAGCAAAGCGUCCUGCAAGAAUACGAGGUUCUGAAGUGUCUUCACCAUCAGAGGAUUCUGAGCCUACAUGAGGCCUAUAUAACACCCCGCUACCUGGUCCUGAUCUCUGAACAGUGCUCAGGAAGAGAGAUCCUCUACUGCCUGGUAGAGAGAUUCCGUUAUUCUGAGGACGACGUGGUCAAUUACCUUCUGCAGAUCCUGCAGGGCCUGGAGUAUCUCCACGAACAGAAGGUCCUCCAUCUCGACAUCAAACCGGAGAACAUUAUGGUGUCCUACAUGAACACCAUCAAGAUUAUUGACUUCGGCAGCGCCCAGACCUUCAACCCCCUCGUCCUUCGCCAACUGGGAAAGCGCGCGGGGACCCUUGAAUACAUGUCCCCGGAGAUGAUAAAAGGAGAACCGGUUGGUGCAGCUGCCGAUGUUUGGGGAUUAGGAGUAUUGACCUAUAUCAUGCUGAGUGGACGAUCUCCUUUCUUUGAAAUGGACCCAAUGGAAACAGAAAACAAGAUCCUAUCGGGUCGAUUUGACAUCUUUAAGCUCUACUCCAAUGUGUCCCAGAGUGCAUCCCUCUUUAUAAGAAAGCUGCUGUCUAUAUAUCCCUGGAGCCGUCCCACCAUACAAGAAUGUUUCUCCAAUCCUUGGCUCCAGGACGCCUAUCUCAUGAAACUCCGGCGACAAACUCUCACUUUUACAACCAAUCGCCUCAAGGAGUUCCUGGUGGAGCAACAGAGAAGACGCUCAGACACUGCUACCAAACAUAAAGUCCUCCUCCGCUCCUACCAUGGUGCACAGCCCACAGCUCCCGUCACCCAGUGACCACGGAGGAAGGACUUUGGCAGUAAAUAAGGUGGCCACGGAGCCAGAGGUGCAUUCCACUGGAUGAUGUGGGACGCCAGCAGUCCCAGGGAGGCAGGACUGGUCAGAAACAAAUCAUACAGUAAAUAACCUAAGUGUACAUUGAGAGGACCCCAGAAGACCUAGGACAUGGGGUAUCCUGAAGCGCUGCUGGUCAACAUACCUCAAUUAAAGAAGUCGAACAGUCCAGUGAGACCGGGGGACAUAGAUGAGUAAAGAAAUGGGGGUGCAUGAUGCAUGUAAGAUACUCCUCAACUUCCAGCAACGACACAUCCUCAGCUGGUACCAGCUCCCGCUCCAGACCUCAGUGAGACCUUAGGCACCAACUUUUCUGCUGGAAAAUCACCUGGAUCGUCUUGGACAACCCUUCGUUUAUGCAGAUCUUCCCAGGAAUUCCUGGUUGAAUCAAGUGGUCUUAACAAUUCAGAGACGCAGUGAUUCAUUCUAUAUAGUUUUUUUAUUUUAUUUUAAUUUAUUUAUUUAGAUGAGGGUAACCAGAGAUUUCUAUUAAGGGGUCAGUGUCGUUAUUAAUCUAAUAGCCAUAGGUAGCCGUAUCCCUGCGAUACUUGUUUACAAAAAAAAAAGAUAGGAUGUUUUUGAAAACCCAUAGGAAAAGCCGACAAAUCGGAGCGGACGGGGCCCUGACCUUGUAGAAGAAACCUGAGCGCAUGGUGAGGAGGUCACUGAUAGGGAGACGUUACUGGUUUAUGUGGGUGAACUGGUGAUUUCGGGAAGUCUAUGUGUAUGAGAGAGAGAACUAAACUUAAAGGGGUACUCCGGUGAAAACCUUUUUUCUUUUAAAUCAA